AUGGCCGAACCUCGAACGUUUGACGACAUCCUCCCCUUCAUCGGAGGAUACGGGACUUACCAGAAGAGGCUUUUACGUUUAUUCGUCUAUCCGUUGGGGAUCAUGCUGCCGUUUUUCCAAAUGACGGUCUUCUUUCAGAUCCCGACGCCGGAUCAUUGGUGUCACGUCCCGGGAAGGGAAGCAUCCAAUGCCUCUCUCCCGCUCUGGAAAAAUCUCACUCUUCCCUGGGAACCAGGGCGAGAUGGGACUUUGCGCCAUUCGCGAUGCUUCACAUACAACCUCAACAUUACAGAAGAGAAUGUCCUGGAAAAGUCACGGCUUUCCGAUUUGCACGAAUGUGAGGACUGGGAAUUCGACAAGGAACAGUACCAGCUCACGAUUCCAUCGCAUUUCAAAUGGGUGUGCAGCAGAAAAUAUUGGACGGCCACGUACUUGACCGUUGGGGGAGUGGGGAAUCUCGUCGGGCUCUUCCUAUUUGGACCAUUCUCCGAUUAG